AUACAAACAUUAAAUCGGCAUUUUGCACAAACAAAGAAUAUCAAGAUUGUUGAAAAAUGUCCGUAGAAGAUAAUUCGUGGGUAUUCGAUUCGUUGGUUGCCUUUCUAAAUGGGCCCAUUUGGAAUGCGCCCUUACAAAGUUUUAUCGAAGAAAAAUCGUUAAUUUUUGAGCCGAGCGUCACCGAAAAUGAGGAAUACAAGAAAAUAUUUGAUGAAUUUAAAAAUCUGGUUGAUUUUAUGCUCGGAAACUUCAUGGAGGACAUCGGCAUCAAUCCAGAACAAUUUCAACAUGCCUGUGCCGAAGGCAAAAGAUACCACGUGUCUUUUGAUAAUAGUAUCUUUGAGCAAAUUUGGGCGGCAAACGACUUCCAAAUGUUUGUCAGAAUGAUGACGCAGCGUAACGUAGAGUUGCAGCUGCAAGCCUUGGAACUUAUUGAGAAAAAAUAUGGGAUAACUCCUCAGUCGUUCAUACCGAAACGAAAUGAUGGACCGGAAAGCGGAGUGACUAUAAACAUACCAGUGGUUGUCGAAAGAGAGUCUAAAUUGGAAAAAGAGAUCCUUGAUGAAGUAGCUAAAAGAUUUGUAGAAGAAGAACCAUCGACCUCAACAGCAGAAAUUAAAGAGUUAAUGGAACAAAAACCAAUUUUAGAACAAACGUUGAAGGAAUCUAUAGAACAAAAACAAAUUGCUGAACCAGAAACGAAUAAACCUGACAAGCCAAAGGAAAACCUAAGACCCGAAACAAAAAUUAAGAAACCAGAGAUGAGUCAAAAUCUAGUUGACAGUCUCGAAUUCAAAAAACGUCAAGAAUAUCUUCGGGCACAAAGAGACAAACUGGUGGCUCUAAAAAAGCAAGCGCGUCAAAAACAACUGACUACUGAAGCCGGUCCAAAAUCUAAAAAUCGACCAAAAUCUGCGAGAGCGGCUGAAGCGGUUUUGACUGGAGAAAAGUCGAAUAUCGAAGCUAGUCAGCUGCAAAUAAGGAAAACCUUAGUUGAACGGUUAAAGGCUGAAGUUGUUGAUAAGGAUCUUAAAUAAAAUAGUUUAAGGGUUUUUGGAUGAAUGAAAUUGAAGCAGUUUUAGGUUCUCUAUAGAAAAAUCUUACUAAGCAUAUGAAAACAAUUUAAAACACUUUUUUUUUGCUUUAUAUUUCUCAAAUAGGUGAGUUUUUGAGGCCCUUUGGCUCAUAAUUGCCUGGCACUGAAUGGAUUAGACAUACUUUUGUUCGUUUAUUGUUAAAUUAUAUUGUCUUCGAUGAUUUACUCGAAUAAACAUUUGAA